AGGCAACCAGUUUUCGCGAUUCUGGACUGGUUGGAAGUCAGUUCUUCGGAGUAAACAGAGCUUAAACGAGAUUGACUAGAUCCAUGGCCAAAGCUCUUCGAGCCCAUAAGCCAUUUUUCAUCGUCUGCCUUCUUCUGGGCUUUGUUGUUUCGUCAUUUCCAUUUGCUGUUCUCGCUAAAUCUGGUCAACCGAUCUCUCAGGAUAUUGAGAUCAGAGAGAGGAAAAAAGCUUGUUAUGCAGAUAUUGAAAGUGGGUUGUGGGGGUGGGAGUGCAAGUCAUCGAUGAUAGCGAAAGAGAAUUGUGCCAAUCGAUGUCUCUCUCCUCCUUGUUAUGAGCUCGUCUAUGAAAGUGAUCCGCUUGAGGAAGGAGAGAAAGAUUUCAUAAGAAGCCAGGAGUACAAGUACUGCAUGCACAAGUUAUCGAUGGGAGAGAGCUUAGAGGGUGUUAAAGGGGCAUUUGAUUAUUAGAAGAAAUGAAGAAGGCAGAAGAAUGUUGGACUCUUUUUCUUCUUUAACGAGCUCUGUCUUGUAUAUUGAUGUAAUAAUGUGAAAAAAUAUAGAGAAAGUUACUAUUUCAGCUCUAUUGCCACUCUCUUUGGGGUUUUCUGAACCCUUUUUUUUUUUUUCAAGUUGUUUGUGAGAGUAAGGGUUUGUUUAGCUCUAACGAAGCCUUUGUCACCUUCUGC